AUGGCGCUGAGCCUGAGGCACUUGUUGGCUCUGGCAUCAUCCGCUGUGUUGACCGCCAGCGCGCAGAAUACUACCGGCACCUCGACGACACCAGAAGCGUGCCAGAGCACGAUUGCGCCACAACAUGCCUCUCCUUCGGUUAUGCCAGGAUUCCGCGUCGAGGUCGUGGCGAAUGGGUUGAGGGAUCCACGCAGCAUCAUGUUCGAUUCAGAAGGAGCCCUGCUUGUAGUCGAACAGGCACAUGGCGUUAGUCGGUUGAGGCUUACAGGAGACGGGCCGUGUGUACGUGUCGAGGGAGAUGUGCAGCGUGUGAUUGAGGAUCAAUCCUUGAACCACGGCAUUGCGCUCUCGGAGGAUGGGCGCACGCUCUAUGCUUCUUCGCAUAGUAACGUCUGGGCUUGGGACUACGAUGCUUCCCAAGGGCGCAACACGUCAGGUCCCCGGAGUAUCGUCCAAGGUAUGGGUGACGAUGAAGGUCAUACCACCCGGACCCUGCUUCUCUCAAAGAAGGUUCCUGAUCUUCUUCUUGUCAGUCGCGGCAGUGUUGGCAACAUUGAUCUCCAGACGCUGGACGUGACCACUGGAGUAUCAACUAUUAAAGCAUUCAACGUCACCAAUGCCACCAAUUCAGGCCAUGACCAUGCUUCUUCCGGCUUACUCCUCGGAUGGGGUCUAAGGAACUCUGUAGGAGUUGCGGAGGAUCCCGUCUCUGGCGGCAUUUACUCGGUCGAGAACAGCGUCGAUGAUCUGGAGAGAGGCGGGGAGACCAUCAACGAGAACAACCCCGGAGAGGAACUAAACUAUCAUGGCUACCUGAAUGGGACGGAAAGCCCAAUGCAAGGCGGGAAUUAUGGCUACCCUUCCUGCUUCGCCGCGUGGAAUGUCACGGAGAUUCCAGACUUUGAAGGCACAGUCGGUUCUCAAUUUGCCAUUGGUGAGCAGAAUGCGACAGUAAAUGAUACUUUCUGUCAAGAAGAUCGUAUAGCUCCACGUCUCACUUUCAAUGCUCACAUGGCCCCACUGGACAUCAAGUUCAAUCCCAAUGGCACCGCGGCCUGGGUCACCAUGCAUGGCUCCUGGAACCGUGAAGAGCCAAUCGGCUACAAGUUGUCCUUUGUCCAAUUCAGCGGCGCUGGCGCCCCCACUGCCCUCGCAAACAGCCCCACCGCAGCAGUGGACAUUGUGUCCAAUGCGAACCUCUCAGACUGUCCCGCUGCCUGCUUCCGGCCCGUGGGUUUGGCAUGGGACACGCAAGGUCGUCUGUACUUUAGCUCUGAUUCCACUGGCGAAAUCUACGUUGUCACGCGCAAUGAUGGAUCCAGUGUGGCUGAUGUAAGUCGAGCAGUCAAUGCUGAUGGGACGCCGCCUGCGCCUUCUUCUGCACCGUCACCGACAUCAAUUGCGGCUGCCGCCAGGUUGUAUCGGGCAGGUAGUGAUGCUUACUGGGUCGCUGGUGUGGCGGUGAUAGGGGCAAUGGUAAACUACGAGUAG